AUGGCGGCUGAACCUAUGGCCACUACAGGCCCCAACCACAAGAAGGUCGCCUACUUCUAUGACUCCGAUGUGGGAAACUACGCCUAUGUCUCGGGCCACCCGAUGAAGCCUCAUCGCAUUCGCAUGACCCACAGCUUGGUCAUGAACUAUGGCCUAUACAAGAAGAUGGAGAUUUACCGUGCGAAGCCUGCGUCAAAAUACGAAAUGACCCAAUUCCACACCGACGAAUAUAUUGACUUCCUUGGGAAGGUCACCCCCGACAACAUGGAUCAGUUCUCCAAAGAGCAGAGCCGAUACAAUGUUGGUGACGAUUGCCCAGUAUUCGACGGCCUUUUUGAGUUCUGUGGAAUCAGCGCGGGCGGCAGUAUGGAAGGUGCUGCACGGUUGAAUCGCGGAAAGUGUGAAGUUGCAGUAAACUGGGCUGGUGGUCUGCACCACGCGAAGAAGAGCGAAGCCAGUGGUUUUUGUUAUGUCAAUGAUAUUGUGCUCGGCAUUCUCGAGCUGUUACGAUUCAAACAGCGCGUGCUUUAUGUUGAUAUUGAUGUUCACCACGGUGAUGGUGUCGAAGAAGCCUUUUAUACCACUGAUCGUGUGAUGACCGUGUCUUUCCACAAGUACGGCGAGUACUUCCCUGGUACUGGAGAGCUCCGCGAUAUCGGUGUCGGCGCAGGAAAGAACUACGCUGUCAAUUUCCCUCUUCGAGAUGGUAUCAACGAUGCUUCCUACCAGAGCAUUUUUGAACCCGUCAUCAAGAGUGUGAUGGAAUGGUACCGCCCGGAAGCUGUGGUGUUGCAGUGUGGUGGUGAUAGUUUGUCUGGCGACCGUCUGGGAUGCUUUAAUUUGAGUAUGCGUGGACACGCCAACUGCGUCAACUUUAUUAAGAGCUUUGACCUCCCAACUCUGAUUCUCGGUGGUGGUGGUUACACAAUGCGCAAUGUGGCACGUACCUGGGCUUUCGAGACAGGUAUUCUUGUUGGAGACAACUUGGAAUCUGAGUUACCAUACAAUGAUUACUACGAGUAUUUUGCUCCCGACUACGAGCUUGAUGUUCGCCCUUCCAAUAUGGACAAUGCCAACACAAAAGACUACCUGGACAAAAUCCGUAUUCAAGUUAUUGAGAACCUGAGGCGUACAGCCUUUGCGCCUUCAGUUCAGAUGACGGAUGUGCCACGUAACCCGCUUGUUGAUGGUAUGGACGACGAGGCUGAUGACGUUAUGGAUGACCUGGAUGAAGAUGAGAAUAAGGACAAGAGAUUCACUCAACGACGUUUCGAUCAGUAUGUGGAAAAGCCCGGCGAGCUGAUGAGUGAUAGCGAGGAUGAGGAGGAAAAUGCCGCCAACGGUAUCCGUCGCCAACCUGGUGCUAUGCGCCGCCGAAACCAGACCAACUACAGGAACCUGGACGACUCCGGCCUUGACAGUGGAAUGGCAACUCCUGCAGAUGCAUCAUCGGUUGGAGAUGGAGAUAUGGAUCCUACUAUGGACACCAGCAUGACCGACAUCCCACGGACAGACCCAGAGACACUGACUGGAGCGGCCGCUUCAAAUGGCCAAGAUACUCCCGUCGAUGCUGAUCAAAUGGUUGUGGAAGGCGAGGACAACGUCCGAUCUGCUGCCGGCUCUCAGCAGCCUUCUCCUCCCCCACAUGACGCGGAUACCUUGAUGGAAGACGCUGCCCCUGCCCCAGAAGAACCGUCUGAAUCCAUCAUUGAUGCGCAAGACACCAAGCCCGCAACAUCACCUGCUGCUGAAGAUUCUUCCAAGGCACCUGUGUCUCCACCCCAGGCUCAGUCGCCUCCCAAAGAGUCUUCUGUUCCUGCAGCCGAGCAAGGCGCGGAAACACCCUCGGCUGGGUCAGUUCCAUCUGGAGGUUCAGAGACCCAAGGGCCAGCCACGGACUCGAUUGCCCAACCUUCCAAGCAGGAAGAGUGA